UGAGUCCGCUUGUUAGAGCUGAGCCAGCCAGCAGCCGGAGCGCGAUCGCCGUCUGGGGAGCAUAGAUGUGCAAAACCCCUGGAAUAUCCGUGCGCUGGAGAGGCCAGAACCGACCACCGUGGAGGACCGUCUUCAUUUAGUCGUCAUAAAGGAAAGUGCCACGGCGAAAGCAUGGCGGUAGAAGAGGAAGGUCUCCGGGUUUUCCAAAGCGUUAAAAUAAAAAUAGGAGAAGCAAAAAACAUCCCUCCGUACCCGGGGCCAAACAAGAUGAGGGACUGUUACUGCACAGUCAACCUGGACCAAGAGGAAGUCUUCAGGACCAAGAUUGUGGAGAAGUCACUUUGUCCGUUCUACGGGGAGGACUUUUACUGCGAGAUCCCGCGUAGCUUCAGGCACCUCUCCUUUUACAUUUUCGACAGGGAUGUCUUCAGAAGGGACUCCAGUAUCGGCAAGGUUGCCGUGAAGAAAGAGGACCUGCAGAAAUAUCACGGGAAAGACACCUGGUUCCAGCUACAACCUGUCAGCGCUGACUCAGAGGUGCAGGGAAAAGUGCACCUGGAGCUUCGUCUGAGUGAAGUCAUCACGGACAGUGGCGUCAUCAGCCAUAAACUGGCCACACGAGUACUGGAGUGCCAAGGUCUUCCGAUUGUCAAUGGCCAAUGUGACCCCUACGCUGCCGUGUCCUUGCUAGGUCCUUCAAGGUCAGAAGCCAAGAAGACCAAGGUGAAGAGGAAAACCAACAAUCCACAGUUUGAAGAGGUUUUCUAUUUCGAGGUGACGCGGCCGUUGAGCUACACAAAGCGGCAGUUUGACGUUGAAGAGGAGGAUGUUGACAAACUGGCGCUGAGGGUGGACCUGUGGAACGCCAGCAACCUGAAGUUUGGGGAUGAGUUUCUGGGAGGUGUGCGUGUGCCCCUGCGGGUCCUGGGUCAGGCCGGAGUACACGACGCAUGGUACUUUCUGCAGCCCAGGGAGAACGGGGGGAAGUCUGUGAAGGUUGAUGAGCUCGGCUCUCUGCGUCUGAACAUCGUUUACACCGAGGACCAUGUCUUCCCCUCCGAACACUACACUCCGCUCAGAGAUCUGCUGCUGCACUCUGCUAAUGUCGAGCCCGUUUCAGCGUCCACAGCUCAUAUUCUCGGGGAGGUGUGUCGAGAGAAGCAAGAAGCCGCCAUCCCUCUCGUGCGUCUCUUUCUUCAUUACGGCAAAAUAGUGCCUUUCAUCAGCGCCAUUGCUCAUGCUGAAAUUAACCGCACACAGGAUCCAAACACCAUUUUCAGGGGAAACUCGCUGACUUCUAAGUGCAUCGAUGAGACCAUGAAGCUGGCAGGAAUGCACUAUCUCCAAGUCACGCUCAAGCCAAUUAUAGAUGAGAUCUGCACUGAACACAAGCCCUGUGAAAUCGACCCUGUCAAGCUCAAAGAGUCAGAAAACCUGGAGACGAACAGGGAAAACCUUCGUCACUAUGUAGACCGCAUCUUCAACGUUAUCACAACCUCUGGUGUUCGCUGUCCCACCGUCAUGUGUGAUAUCUUCUUCUCUCUGCGAGAGUCUGCUGCCACUCGUUUCCAAGUUGACCAAGACGUCCGAUACACAGCAGUGAGCAGUUUCAUCUUCCUGCGUUUUUUUGCUCCAGCCAUCCUCUCUCCAAACCUGUUCCAUCUACGACCGCACCAUCCGGACCCCGCCACUUCGAGAACCCUCACCCUCAUAUCUAAGACGAUCCAGACCCUGGGGAGUCUUGCCAAGUCAAAAUCUGCCAAUUUCAAAGAGUCUUACAUGGCUGCUUUUUACGACUACUUCAACGAGCAGAAAUAUGCAGACGCUGUGAAGAAUUUCUUGGAUCUGAUCUCCACGUCUGGAAAAUGGGAUCAAAAGAGCAUUGAGACACCAAUCAUGCUCAAAGAGGGGAGUGUAAAACUCACUAUAAAGAGGGUUGAUGGGAAGGGGUCAAAAGGCACGAAGGGCAGGUUCAUGAUAAAGAGAGCCCAGGGGAGAAACCGGUUUGGAAUGAAAAACUUCAAGAAGAGAUGGUUUCGUCUCACCAACCACGAAUUCACCUACCACAGAACGAAAGGUGAGGGAGCUCUUUGCAGCAUUCCCAUAGAGAACAUUCUGGCUGUAGAGCGGCUGGAGGAGGAGUCUUUCAAAAUGAAAAAUAUGUUCCAGGUCAUUCAGCCAGAGCGGGCGCUCUACAUCCAGGCCAAUAACUGCGUAGAGGCGCGCGACUGGAUCGACAUCCUGACCAAAGUCAGCCAGUGCAACCGCAAACGCCUGAGCACCUACCACCCUUCAGCCUACCUCAACGGCCACUGGCUGUGCUGCAAGCUCUCAGCAGACACUGCUCCCGGGUGUACGCCCUGCACCGGCGGCCUCCCGGCAAACAUCCAGCUGGACGUAGAUGGUGACAGAGAGACCGAGAGAAUUUACUCCCUGUUCAGCACAUACAUGACCAAACUGAUCAAGAUGCAAGAGGCCUGCGGCAGUAAGUCGGUAUAUGACGGCCCCGAGCAGGAGGAGUACUCCACCUUCGUCAUAGACGACCCCCAGGAGACCUACAAAACCCUGAAGCAGAUCAUUUCAGCCGUGCAGACGCUGGAACAGCAGCACACCAAGUACAAACGCGACAAGUUCAAGAAGACAAAGAUAGGCAGCCAGGAGCAUCCGAUUGGAGACAAGAGUUUCCAGUGCUACAUCCGCCAGCAGUCUGAGAGCUCUACCUACUCCAUCUAGCCACAGCCCUGGAUCCGGUUUCUGUGAUGGUCAAAACCAGCAUAUUUUUCUCUACUGCAGAAAAAUCCACCGAAACUGAGCUCUGUGUCUGGUAUUGAGUUUUAAAGCAUUUCCCUUGUCUAAAAAAAGCAAAUAAAAUAACUUCCUUAAGACGCUUGUGGAAGCAAAGCAACCUUUCACCCCGAUCUGAUCCAGUUUUGAGAAAAUGACAACUUUACGACUCGUUGCCAAACUCCAAGAGCCGCGUAUAUGGACCUACCUGCAGUUUCUCAAAGUGCAUCGCUCCACAUUCAGACAAACAGAUCUCACUUUUAGAAGAGAGAGAGGAGAAAAAAGAGGAGCACUUGUGGAGGAAAGGAGGGAUAUGAGUGAAGAGGGAACCGUCUCCUUUCCGUGACGAGAGAACAAAGGUUUUCACUGGACAGUUCUGACAGUGACCAGCACGCACUUUAAUUGCCUCCAAAUCUUCGGACGAACAAGCCUCACAGCACACUUUUCAGAAAGCGACUUUUACCUCUUUGAUUUGUGUGCGGUUAUUUUAAAUGUUGUUGAAAUUGUUACCUUUCAUUUGCCGUCUGACGGACGAAGCUCCAGACGAGAAGGAAUGACUGCAGCUUAUCCCCUCUGUGGGUGAUGUUAUACCUGUGUACCUUUCACUUUCCAGCUUCUCCCCCCAGCGUCUUCGGGAUACAAGUUCAGGGAGAGCCACAAAAACAAAACAAAACAAAGGGAUCGUCGGGCCCAUUCACAGCCCAAGCGACUUCAUUUAAGCUACCGAAAAUCUCUCCACACACAGUUUUAGCCCAUAUUUUUAAACCCUUUUAAAAGAGUUUUUCACGUUUUGUUUUUGAAGCUUUGGUCUGUUUUGGUUGGUCGUCGUACCCCAGAGUAACCAGUACCCAGGUUGCCCCCCCCCCAACACACACACACACAAUUUUCAUCACUCACUGUCCAUUUAUGGUGGAUAAAUAUAAUUAAUGUCAGAAAAGCAGCUUUAAUGAUGAAACGGAAAGACACUUUUCCCCGACACCCAGCGCUGGGCUAAGGCCCCACAGCUUGACAUUAGCUCAGAGGCCUGUUUCACUCCUGUGUAAGCAGGAAAAUAAGUAAAAGCCAGUCUACCCCCUUCAGCUAUCACAAAUGAGAUCAUUAACAGGGAUGUUUUAUUUUCAGAUACACUUCUAAUUAUUACACAAACUAACAUUUUAACCUGUCUUAGUUUGUAAUUGUGAAAUGGAUAGAGUGUGACUGAUUGUGUUGCCCCGCUGGUUACCUAAUAAUAAUGUGGUUCUUUUGUUUCUGUGAGUUAGCCUCUCACUCCCUCCGUACCUUGUCGUUUGAACUCUUAUUUAUAUGCAUUCCACUGAAAAGCUACCUGCUGUGAAGCGCCUCAUGAUCUAUUGAAGGUACAGGAUUUAUUGUUGCUAGCCAGCUGUGUUGUGUUGUCCCACGCUUUCGCAAAGGCGGACACAUUUUUUGUCUUUCACUCCGACAGUGCAUGUGAAGUGUAGACAGCAGCCUCUGCAAGCGACUACAAACCACGACUUUUGUAUUUUCCGAAUCCAAGUAUGUGCUUAUGUAGCCUCGCGGGUGUUCGCCCCUAUGGUCACAGGAUCCCAAACAGUGCCAGUUAUCACUUUUCUAAAGUUCAUUUUUGAAAUAUAUAUAUAAAUAUAUAAAAAAAAAACAACUGUACUGUUUGUAAAACAGCUGAGCAACUAAUCCAAUUAUAUGUUUUUGUUUUUUGGGUGGGUCAAAUAAGGAAGGUUCUCAACAAUUUGACUCUGUUUUCUAUCUUGUCAUACGGAAAUUUUGCUGUGUAUCUGAGCUGGAUGAGGUGUGUGUGUGUGUGUGUGUCUGUUAUGUGGGUGUGUGCUUGUUUUUGUCAGUGUGGACACAUGUGACUGACAUGAUGGGUUGUGUUGCCAAUUGAUCAAACAGUGUUACAGGUCAGGAAAGGCAGAUCACUGCCUGUAAUUAUACUGAAGACACUGUUACUUCACUCUUGGCCUGACGUAGCGUAUCCCCUCUUUCCUCUCAUAUACAAUCACUGUUUCUUUUCAAGAAGAUUUUGCCAAUCUAUUCUCCCCAGAUGUCUUAUGAACAGUAAAAAAUAUUAAGAGAGCAGCCUGGGUUUAACCUCUUUCAGGUUUUCCUCCCCCUACAGGUUACUAACUCUCCUCAGGUUUAUGAAACUCAUAUUUAUUAUAACUUUCAUUCAAACCUUCCCAGAAUUCCCAGCGAAGUUGGUGUGGGUAUGACUCCUCCAACCCCGAUACCCAUAAAAGGAAUGAAUUAUGCAAUAACGGUGUUUCAGCAUGCAAUAAUAUUAGCAAGCCCUCGAUAAGCCUGUCAAGUGAUCACAAAUUAACAAUGCACAUCUGCUGAUGUUUUGCAGUCAGAUGCCUCUUCAGAUAAACACAUAUUAUAAAAGGGAGAACAGUGUAUUUUGUACAAAUAUUUUAAAAGUAUUAAAAUAAGCCUGUUAUUUGUGUACAUAAAACAAUUGAAUGAAUGGUGAAAAUGUGAUGUGUUUUCCCCCGAGUAACCAAAUGAAACAAUUAUUA